GUUCCACUGAUAACGUGCCGGCAAGUGAGGCACAUUCAGUCAUAUAUGUGUCCGAAAAGCGCGAAAUGGUGGCACAAACCAAACAGAAACUCUUCGUCUGCUUCGUAGGAAUAUUUGUCUGCUAUUUUUACUAUGGCAUACUGCAAGAGAAAAUCACCAAAGGGACAUACGUGGAUGGGGAGAAAAAAGACAAGUUCACCUUUACCCUGGCCUUAGUGUUUGUGCAGUGUAUUGUCAAUGCUUUAUUCUCAAAGCUGAUCUUAACAUACAGAAGCAGUCCUGCAGACAAAACUCCGACCAGCCUGUACACACUAUGUUCCCUGUCCUAUCUGGGGGCUAUGUUAGCCAGCAACCAUUCUCUCCAGCAUGUCAGCUAUCCUACUCAGGUGUUGGGGAAGUCUGUGAAGCCAAUCCCUGUCAUGAUACUUGGGGUACUGCUAGCUAGGAAGAGAUACCCAGUGGCAAAGUACUUCUGUGUCCUGAUGAUUGUCAUGGGGGUGGCAUUGUUUAUGUACAAGGACAAAAAGGAUGCUAAAGCAGCAGAGCAUGUUGUAGGAAUUGGAGAGUUUCUAUUGUUACUUUCCCUGACUCUGGAUGGUGUUACCGGUGCUACACAAGACCGCAUGAGAGGAGAUCACCAAACUGGUGCCAACCACAUGAUGUUCAAUGUUAACUUAUGGUCCUUAUUGUGGUUAGCAAUAGGACUGGUUGUAACAGGGGAAGGAAUGGCUUUCUUACUGUUUGCUCAGAAAUAUCCAUUCGUUUUAUUCAACAUGAUAUCAUUUAGUUUAGCAAGUGCAUUGGGCCAGACUUUUAUCUUUUACACUGUGACAACAUUCGGACCACUAACCUGUUCCAUCAUCACAACAACACGGAAAUUCUUCACAAUUCUUGGCUCAGUGAUCAUCUUCCAGCAUCCCAUGUCCAGUCGCCAGUGGCUGGGCACGGUCCUUGUCUUCUCUGGACUCUCACUAGAUAGCGUGUAUGGCAAGGAGAAAAAGAACAAAUGAUGAUAACAGAGGCUUAGUUUUCUGCCCUUCUCAGUGGCAAUCUCAGCAUGAGUGUUCUGUGUUUAUAUUGUGUCUGCAGCUUUAUUGUUAGAGCAAAAAUACACAGUGGGGGGUAACAUAGUGAAACAAGUUUUUUAUGACAGCAUUUGGAUUUAACUGGUACCUAUUUUUAAUAGGUCACCUGGCAUAACAAGAAUCAGAAAUGCUUUCACUGUCGACUGCCAUCCCAGGAUGAACAGCAUUUAAUGGUGGUUGAUAGUUCCAGAACUGUAGUUUGAAGUCUAAGCCCAUGAUCAAAUAUUAAAUUGUAUUUUUGGCAAGACUGUGUGAAGGACGUUGAAAUGGGACCAUUUUCUUCUUGUAUCUUUUACCGGUUCUAUUGCUUUAUAUUGCUGAUGAACCAAUUGCAGUCGUGGCACUGUUAAGGACCUACAGGUAAAACCUGUGGAAGCAUGGCCAGAUAAUCAGGUGCAGAAUAUUUUUUUGGGGUUCUGGGUUUUGUUCUUGACCAUGUACAUGUAGGUCAGUCAGUUUUCUUGUUUUUCUUUCUUCUUUUUAUUGUAACAGUUUUGUACUAUUUUCUUUAUUUAUUUGUUUGGUGUUUUACACUGUACUCAAGAAUAUUUCACCUAUGCGAAGGCGGCCAGCAUUAUGGUGGGAGGAAACUAGACAGAGCCCAGGGGAAACCUACAACCAUCCGCAGGUUGCUGACAGGCUUUCCCAUGUUCGGCUGGUGAAGAAGCCAGCAUGAGCUGGACUUGAACCCACAGCGACUGCAUUGGUGAGAGGCUCCUGGGUCAUUAGGCUAUGCUAGCGCACUAACCAAGUGAGCCACGGAGGCCCCCAAGUUUGCACUAGCAAGCAGGUAUUGUUAAUAUGAAAACUGAGUUUUAAUGUUACCUGUAUGUGUCUAUGAAGGCAUCAGACAAGCUAUGCUCACGCCUUUAUUCCCAGCCUGCAGUACUCAGACUUUCACUUAUUGCGGAUGAUGACAUCUUUAUAUGUUGGCAGGUUACUUAGAAUAGUGUGACCAAGUAUUGGCCAUUCCCACAACUUGGGACACUUAAGUCUGGCUAAGUGUUACAUCUGGUAAUAUAUGCGCUAUCUAUAUUAGACAUAUAUGUUGACAUCUGUUUAAUUGAAAGAUUUGAGUGAGUGAGUGAGUGCUUGGGGUUUAACGUCGUACUCAACAAUUUUUCAGUCAUAUGACGACGAUGAAAGAUUUGACUAUUCCAGCAUAAAUGUAGGUUACAAAAAGACAUAGCCUAUCAAAGUAACAUUAUCCAAUAAGUUACCCACUGGUUCCAGGAAACUAAACUUGGUCUGUUAAGAGUAAAAGAUUCAUCAGGUGUUAAUUUGUUUCUCUGGAAACAGAUUUCUCCAGAGCAUGUUGAUGUUAAAUUAUCUUAUAACUGAUAAUCCUUGCUAAAUUGUCAAAAUGCUUUGUACAUUAAAACGGGUGAUCAAGGAAAAAUGACAACUGUUACAUGUUACCAAGACUGGUAAAAUAUGUUCAGGUAAAUCAUUCAUAUCUGCUGUGUAUAUUUAAUGAAGAUACAGGUAUGGUGGAUUAUGUAUAAUGAGGACAUGCUAUUUUAAAUAAGAAACACCUGAAUCGUGCUUCCAUUUGUUUGUUAUUCCUUUCAUGCACCUGGAUUAUCUUGACAUCAUUUUCCCUUCUGUAUGAAGGGUGCUAGAAUUCUGUUUGUAGGAAUUAAGUCUCAUGUCAACUCUCCUUCACCUUUCGGCCAUUCCAUACAUA